AUGUCAUAUCAAAGACUAUUAGAACUCGAGAAGCUGAUUAGUAUUUAUGACAAUGCUUAUCACAACCUCGAUGUUGAACUUAUCUCCGAUGAAGAAUACAACAUUCUUUAUCUGGAAUGGAAAAACUUACUAAAGUUAUUUCCUGACCAUGAAUCGGCCAUUGUUGCAGGGUUUGUCCCGAACUCUGGGAAAUUGGUUCCCAUCAAUGAACCCAUGCUUUCUGUCAAUAAGUUUAAUGACAAAGAGAAGUUUCUCAAGUUAGCUAAACGUUAUGGUAAAUAUACCUACGAAGAGAAACUUGAUGGAGUAGGUGUCAGGGUUCUGUAUAACCCAGAUGGAAGUAUUAAGAGCGCACAUUUACGUGGCGAUGGUCGAGGUGGUAAAGACAUCACAUCUCGUCUUUAUCUGGUGAAAGGUAUUGUUAAGCAAUUACCAAAACCAACUGGUGAAGAAACAGAGGUUACAGGUGAGGUAACCUGUACCGAAGAAGACUUCAAAAACUACUGUACUGAAUACGGGUUGGUUGAUAAAACAGCUCGAAGUGUUGUGUCCGGAUUCCUUCGUCGCGAUGAAGAAGCUGAAGACGAAACAUUACAACUUCAUUUCAUUGCAUUUCACGCCAGUAAAAAUAUUCGUGAUAAAUGCAAAACGUAUCCAAAACUGGUUAAGUGGUUUAAAGACCAUGGGUUCAAUGUACCAAACAGUUUUGAAGAGUUCCCUGAACUCAAGCCAGAAAGUGUAUUCCCUAUUGACGGUGUUGUCAUUAAAGACAAUAAACUGGAGAAUUGGGAUAACCAACCAAUCACUGGUUAUUAUAGUUUUGCGGGAUGUUUUAAAUAUCCAACCGAUGUUGUCCUCACAAAAGUCACCGGUGUGACCUGGGGGUUAACAACUCAAGGUUUCUUAACGGGUGUUAUCAACUUCAGGCCCGUUCCCUUACUGGGUGCAAUUCUGAAACGCUGCCAAUUCCAUUAUCCCGCACUCUAUAUUAAGAACGGAUUAAGGAUUGGAAGUGAGAUUGAAAUCACCAGAGGGAAUGAGAUUGUUCCUAAGCUAUUAGGGAUGGUUGAAGCUGGUGAUGGUGAUCCUAUUGCUUUCCCGGAUAGUUGUCCUUAUUGUGAAGAUCAAUUGACUCAUCCUGAACCUGAUGUUUAUCGUUGUGAAAACAAUGCUUGCCCAGGACAGAUCACUGCCCGCAUUCUAAGGCUAGUUAGUGACAAAGGGUUAGACAUCAAUGGGAUAGGAGAGAAGAAGGCGGCACAGCUCAUUGCAAGCGGCCUGAUUGAAUUCCCUCAUGAUAUUUUCACACUGACUAAAGAAGAUCUCACCAAGGUUGAGAUUAAGGGCAAUAAAGCAACAAAACUUAUUGCUGAAAUCAAUUACAAUCGAAAAACUAAAUCCUUGGCUAAUUGGCUAUUUGCAAUGGCUAUUCCAGAAUUAGGUGAGAUUCGCUCAUUAGCAGUUGAAGAUGAAUUAAGCGGGAAUGAGGAAGAACUCUCCACUACUUCAGUACUUGGGUUAUUGAGUUCCAUUGAUGCACUCAAAGAUUUAUUUGGGAUUGAUGGAAUUAAGAUAGCCAGCUAUGUUAUCCCUAACUAUCGUGAUUUAGAGAUCUUCCUGAAUUACUUCGACUGGGAAAAUUAUACUGGUCAUACCCAAGAGACAAAAGAACCAAGAACUCCGGUUGCUAUUACCGGGCGUCUGAAGUUUGAUCGAAAGGUAUUGAAAGAUAUUCUCAGGGCAAAAGGUUACUGCUUAGACAAUGUUGUAACCAGAAAUUCUUCUUACCUGAUGAUUGGGGAAAAACCUUCUCCAGGUAAGGUGGCUUUAGCUGAACGUUAUGAUAUCCCAACCAUUAAUAUUUCGGGUAUGGGUAUCGAAGAUAUUAUUGCAUUCUUGGAGGCAAGAAAAUGA